AUGUCCGGACAGCGAGCAAGACAGCUCAUCACCGCCGCCUACGCGCAGUAUGCCAACGAUGCUAUUCCCCUCGCCUUGAUGACUCGAUCGUCCUUGCGCACGACGCAUUCAAUCGCCUCACGAUCACUGCAACGCGUUUCCCGCACUUUGGCCACUGCAUCACACCGUUCCACUGCAACCCAUCCCACGGCCUCCUCAUCCUGGUCGUCAUUAUCACAACAGAGCGCCAUUCAACAACUGCAAGGUGACGCCGCCUUGCCAUUGACCGACCUUGCCGACAAGCUUGCUGGUUUGACCGGAAAGUCGGCCCAGAUCUUUGGCGCUGAUGAUAAGGCUAAGGCUACUACAACAGAAUGGCUGCAGAAGCUCAACAAGGCAGACGAGCAGCAGCUUGUUUCUGCCGACGGUCUCAAAUCGCUCAACGAGCAGCUCGACAGCGUCACCUUCCUUGCUACCAACAAGCCCACUGUUGCGGACCUCGCCCUCUUCGCUUCCAUCUACCCAACCAUCUCCAAACUGCAGCCUGCCGAGCAGCAUGCCAGCCCUUCGGUCACACGCUACAUCUCUCACCUCUCCAACUUGCCCCAGGUAGCCAGAGCCGCCAACGCUGCUCAGCUUGGCUUUGCCUCGUUCGAGCCUACCUACGAGGGCAUGCCUACAAUUCAGCGUGCGAAGCCUGAAGACAUCAAAAAGGCAAAGAAGGCCGACAAAGAGGCCGCUGCCGCUGCCGAUGGUCAGAAAAAGGACAUUCCCCAGCAACAGCAGCAGCAGCAGGAUCAGCCCAAGAAGGAGAAGAAGGAAAAGAAGGAGAAGGCGCCCAAAGAGGUAAAAGCCGGUGCUGGAGGCGGUGGAGGCAAGAAGGGCGGUGCUGCCGCCGCUGCUGCCGACACCACAGGUCCCAUUCCAUCGCAGAUCGAUCUACGCGUAGGCAAGAUCGUCUCGGUCGAAAAGCACCCCGACGCUGAUGCACUCUACCUUGAGAAGGUGGACUUUGGCGAGGCCGACGGCCCACGAACCAUUCUCAGCGGACUGGUUCGCUUUGUCCCCAUCGAGAAGAUGCAGAACCGCAUGGUGAUUGGUGUUUGCAACCUCAAGCCCGCGGCUAUGCGUGGCAUCAAGUCGUACGGUAUGCUUUUGUGCGCUACCCACAAGGAUGGCAAAGACGGCGGUAUUGAGCCCGUCUGUCCUCCCGAAGGAAGCCAGCCCGGUGACAAGGUCUGGGUUGAGGGCUUCGAGGGUCGCGAGCCAGAAGCUGUGCUCAACCCCAAGAAGAAGAUUUUCGAGGCAAUCCAGCCAGGUUACACCACCACUGAGAGCAAGCAGUGCGCCUGGGUUGGUGCUCUUCCAGAUGCCGCGGAUCCCGAGGCUGACAAGAAGCCUCGUCUGCUCAGGACCGACAAGGGUGUCUUGUUCUCAGAGAACUUUGUCGGCGCAUCACUGUCGUAA